CUCCGACAGGGUGGUGAAGUACUGUCGCAAAGCAUCCACCGCGACCGUCGUCGAAAAGGGCCACCCACAGGCUUGGCCUCCGUAGCCAACUUGUUGAGAAGAGAACAAGAACAUGAGAGACCGGCUAGCAAUGAUUCACAAACAGACGCCUCUGUUACUACUAUGGCCUCCACGGCGUGCUCCCAUUCGGCCUCCGCUGAUACCAUCUCUACAUCUACCAUUGAGAAGCCUGGUUGCGUAUCAGAGCUUGCCGAAAAAUGUGGUACUUCCAAUUUCCUGUUCAGUCAAGAUAGGAAACAAGGCUCCUCUACAAGCCUAGUUGACAGCAGAACAGAUUCGGCAGCUCCACUGCCCGAGUCUGCUAGCCAGCCGGAUUCUUCGGAGGUGAACAAUUCAGCCGUGGAGGAAAAGCCUACAGGAUGCAAGGUCACCUUAUUAGUACAAGAGGGAUCUAAUGUCAGAGUAAGUGAAGGUUUAUGCACCUCGAGAUCAAGUAUCCAACUAAGGGGUUCAUUCCCAAGCCAACUCGUCCGAUAA